AUGGGUUCCCGCGACGUAGGAGCCGAAACAGGCACCCUGCAGUUCACGUACUCCUACCCGAUGUACGAAGUCGACGAACCCGACGGGACUAAGAAUACCAUCGCUCUCAACUCCAUCGCCAUCGGCCUCAUUCUCUUCCUGGAGACGCUGCUCGACGAGGGCCCUGCGACCAGCACGUCUAGGGGCAGGGCUGAGAGGUAUACUGUGAAGGGGGGCACUGGGAUCAGAGGGAGCAUCCAGGAGGACCAGCUGGAGAUCUUCCGGCAGAUCGAGGACAACAUCAGCAGUCUGGGCGUGGACGGGCGUGCGUGCAUCCUCAGGUUCAUUUGCGAGAUGCAGACCAACAGGUUCUCCAGGGCAUCCCUCUUCGGCGAGCUCUUCACUCUGCUCUUCACACCCAAAGCUGGAGGCGACUACACGGUGCUGAAGGAGUACAUCGCCGCCGAGGAAGAGGGUCGUCAGGAGGGCAAGGACUCGGCUCGCUGUGCCCAGAAAUACCGGACGUGCCCUAUGUCCGUGUUUGCUGCCCUCCGGAGGCUCAGGGGCGAUGUCGUGGAUGAGAUGCCCAUGAACAACACGAUUUCCUCUCCCACGGGCGUGUCCUACCUGAAGGAGAGCGUGCCCUGGGCAUGGGAUGCGUUUGCGGGAGAAGGGUAUUAGCUGGUCUGGCAUCUGGUUGUGCGUCGAUGGGGGCGGGUGGACUGUUAGUCAAGACUGUAUGAUUAAUUACCUACUUAAUUCUCU